UGCCGGCCGGACGCCAUCUUUCUGGUUUGCGGUGGGUCUUGGAUGUAGUGGCAGCGGUAGCGAGGGCGUGGGGAAGGGUGGGGUGAGGGGGCGAGGCCGCGGCGAGUGCGGCGAAACUCUCCUCCCCUCUGCCCCACCGCGUGGGACGGCGUGUACGCGGUGUCGGAGGGAUGUCCGCCUUCUCAGAGGCGGCGCUGGAGAAGAAGCUGUCGGAGUUGAGCAACUCGCAGCAGAGCGUGCAGACCUUGUCUCUGUGGCUUAUCCACCACCGCAAGCACUCGCGGCCCAUCGUCACCGUGUGGGAGCGGGAGCUACGUAAAGCCAAACCAAACAGGAAGCUUACUUUUCUCUACCUAGCCAAUGAUGUCAUUCAGAACAGCAAAAGGAAGGGGCCGGAGUUUACAAAAGAUUUUGCACCAGUUAUAGUGGAGGCUUUUAAGCAUGUUUCAAGUGAAACUGAUGAAAGUUGUAAGAAGCACCUUGGAAGAGUGUUAUCUAUUUGGGAAGAAAGGUCUGUUUAUGAAAAUGAUGUAUUAGAACAACUUAAGCAAGCUCUGUAUGGAGAUAAGAAGCCUAGGAAGCGAACUUAUGAACAGAUAAAGGUGGAUGAAAAUGAAAACUGUUCCUCUCUGGGCUCUCCAAGUGAACCACCACAGACUCUAGAUCUCGUUAGGGCGUUACAAGAUCUGGAAAAUGCUGCCUCAGGUGAUGCAGCAGUUCAUCAGAGGAUAGCUUCUUUGCCUGUUGAAGUCCAAGAAGUAUCCCUACUAGAUAAAAUAACAGAUAAAGAAUCUGGAGAAAGGCUUUCUAAAAUGGUAGAGGAUGCUUGUAUGUUGCUGGCAGAUUACAAUGGCAGAUUGGCGGCUGAAAUAGAUGAUAGGAAGCAACUUACUCGAAUGUUAGCAGAUUUUCUUCGUUGUCAAAAGGAAGCCCUUGCAGAGAAAGAGCAUAAAUUGGAAGAAUACAAGCGCAAGUUAGCCAGGGUUUCCCUGGUGCGCAAAGAACUCAGGUCCCGGAUCCAGAGCCUCCCAGACUUAUCUCGCUUGCCCAAUGUCACCGGCAGCCACAUGCACCUGCCCUUUGCGGGGGACCUCUACAGUGAAGAUUGACAACCCGUCUCUUUCCAGGGCCCAGGACUUUGCAGGAGAUGGAGACAGGUUAGGUAGAUAGUCCUGUAGCGUUAUUUUUGUAUAUUGUUGAGAGAGUGACACUAACCAAAAAAAAAAAAAAAAGUAAUUUAUAAAAUUGUUUAAAAUGUUGGUUUGUUUACUAUUUUAUUGGUAAGUUAACAUGACUUAGUUUAAACAAAGUGAUGAUCUCUGUGUGUUAAUAAUAAGCUCACAAAUAGUGAUUAUUUUCGAAAGAUCUUUUGUAAAUUUUUUUGAUCCAGGGCUUUGUGAGAAAUUCCAUAUUUCUAUUUCUUCAUGUAUUCUCAAAUGUUUUUCUUUUCUUCAGUAUCUAAUCACUGUAUAGUGUGUAAUUCCUAAAGGGUAAGAACUAAUCAGGAGUUGAUUGAGACUUCAUUAAGGUAUAGUUAGGACUUGAUUGUAGAAGGGACUAAAUGUUCCAACUUAAUCUUCACCCUUCUCCACAACCAAAAUAUCAGUUCUGUGCCUCUGACGCCUUUGAUUCCUUAUUUCCUGGGGCAUUUAGCACUAAACAUGGAUGUUAAUUUUAGGGUCAGAUCGGAGCUCAGAGAACUUUUCCGUAAUAGCACCAUAGGGGUUCUAUUCCAGCUGCCAGUGUACAACAAGCGGAGUGUUAAAUAGGGACCCCACUGAUUAAACUGUUUAGAAUUAUGUGAUAAAAUUAAUAUGAAAUGCUUUGGGAAUGUUACAAAUUUUGACAUUCUACCAAGAGGACAACUUUCGUUCUGGAACUGAUUUCUAUGUGUCAAAUCAGUCUCCUUUUAACAUAAAACCAUCUAUGGGAUUAAAAGAAACAAAAUAAUGAUACUUUUAUUAUCCCUUAGUCAUUUAAUUUUAAAAACAAUGGUAUUUUUAGCUCUAAUAUCUCAAGAACAUAAUCUUCAUUAAUGUUUAGUAAAGUAGCCUGGAACAUUUUUAAUGGUUCCUUAAGGUUUUCGAAUGACUGUAUAUUUGGAAAUUAAGCAGUGCCACACUACAGGGUAGAUCUGGUAAAUAUUAUAUUUGUAUAUUUAGAAUUACCGAAACAAAUGUACUUUUACCUUUUAUUUCUAACCCUGUGUGCUAGAGCAGUUGCAUGCUCUCCUGCUUUCUUUUUAAAUCACAUUGUUAAGCUGUGGAUUUGUACUCAAUAAUGGCUUAGGAUACACUUUUUUCUUCAUUCAUUACUUCAUAUAUUAGACAUUUUUCUUUUCAUUGUAAGCAGAUUCAAAUUAGAGAGUCAAUAAAACAUCUUUAAAUCCCACAAGCCAAUUAUGCCUCACUAGUCUGAAUGGCUUCACUCUUUCUUCCUCAGUGUUAGAGAUUAUAGUUAAAAUGAAUUUAUAUGUGAAAGAGAAGGCAAAUAUUUAUUUUUAAUAGCCAAUAAUUUUGGCAACUGUGCUUUUAACAAUUGGACCUCUCUCCAAUACAGAGACACAUAUAAGUCUCCACUCAUAUAUGGCUAAUAAUAUUCCAAAGUUUUUAGUCACCUUUUGGGAGUCGGGGCACAUUUUCUCACAGAAAACUCAUCUGGGAACUGAAUCCACUUAACCAUGAAUGUAGUUUAUGUUGACGUGAAUUAAUGUAGCUGACAAAUUACUAACAGUAGAUCUUGACCAGCAUUUGUAACAUUGUAACAUCACUCUAAGGAAAUGGUACGCAGCAGCCAGACUCACUCACAGGGUGUCUGUCUUAUGUACCUCUGUCCCUUGGUGUAGAACAUGUAAAAAAGAUUUAGCUUGGAGGGGCUAACAAAUGCACAAUUAUAAAAACCUAGUUAUACCUGUUCUAAAAGUAUACCACAGAAGUUAGUUUAAAGUGAAGGCAAAAAGUUGUAUAUUAAUUUAUUUUCAACAUCUUGACCUUAUUUAUGAUCUGCUGAAGUGGUGAUUUAUCCAUUCAAAUAUAUUUUUUUCCAUCGGAACCUAAUUUAUAAACUAUGUACUCCUGGGAAGAUUUGAAAUCUAUUAGAAGUUUGUUGAAAUAUUUUCACCGUGUAAGACAGACUUCUUAGAUACUGAUUUUAAUGCCAGUAUCUGCUCUAAAUAUUUAUUAUAAAAAUGUAUUAUUUUUUUAAAGAGCUUGAUGUGAUUUGUGAUACGUGAUCAUACUCAACCUGAAUCCUAUCCCGAAUCCCACCCAUUGACCAAUACUCCUCAAACCUUCAGUUGUUGGUUCAUUCACUAACUGUAAACACAAAUGAUAUGACGUGGUUUAAGAGCUAGCUACGUGUUCAGCGUUAUGGUAGUUAACAUGGUACGCCUUAGCAGUAGUCUUCUUUUCUGCUACUGCUCAAGAAAUAGGGUUAGAUGGUACUAUAAUACCAAAUUCUAAAUCAAGAGCAUUUUCUCCACUGUGGAUGUGAAGCAAAUCAUGCCUCUUUGAGUGCAGUUUGGCCCGGCCCCUCAAAAGAAAGCAUAUCACCACACUUGCAGUAGGGCUACAGUGGUUUGAAUGGACACCAUCACUCUUUUCUCCACAAACAGUGCAGAGAGCUGUCUGGAGUGGCAAUGUGAACAGAUUCCCUGGCAUUCCCUCCGCUCCUUCCAGCACUACAGUAAGUAAAAGAACCACAUGGGGGAACCCGGGAUCUGAGAAAAUCAGCUGUGCUCAGUAGGCAACCUCCCCCUCUAGGAAAACCGGUCCAGAUCAGCUAUUUUGAUACCUUGUCUCACAUGCACUCUCAGUCAGGGCUUUUCUGUAAGAACUUCAGAAUCGGGAAAAGCUGAGAUGAUGAUCUUGUCAUCUACAUUUGCAAAAUCAAAAGAAUGAAACUAGGUUGUCAGUUGUUACUGUAGGCGAGCAAUUCAUCUAUUAAUUAUUGAACUGGUUCUGAGAAAUCUUUAGAAUGAGAAAAACUCAAAAGUACAAAUUAACUGGGAAAGUUAAGAAUGUUCUUUCUAAAUUUUCCAUUCUAAAAAUUUGUAUUAUAUGAAAUAGCAUAAAGCUACUAAACUGCUUUAUAUUCUAUUAAGAAAUAGCUCCUAACGCUGUAGUUUUGUUGCACUAUAUGAAAGCAUUUUAAAGUGUAAACCCAGUUCUCUGUGGAAAGGGAGCAUCGAGUUACUGACAGAAUUUACUUACACAGAGCAUGGGUUGCCAUCUGUAAUUCCAGCCAUCUACACAUGAGUCUGUUCUUAGGUGGCAGUAGCACAUGGUCACAUGAAGUUUUCCCUGUUUCUUUCCCCCUUUUUGUUUGGCUGUAUCUGAUGACAGUAUAAGAUGUUCUUAAUAAAGUUUUAUGUUCUUUUCGAAA